AUGGCAGUGGACGAUUCACCAAAUCGAAAUGAUGACCGCAGAAACUCCAUGUUGGAGAAGCAGGGCACGUGCAAGAUUCUUGGCUCUGAAAUGUCACACAACCUUUGCACGUGCUCCCCUUCUCCAACAAGGGUUCCUCUCCUAACCAAUUGUGUAUAUCACUUCAUGAGUUACUACAACCCAGGAAACACUGGGAGAGAUACACAUACUGUACUCAUAUUUGAGUUAAUGGUAAUCAACAUGUGGAGCCUUUUGCACGACCAGAUAGCAGAAGAUACUGAGAAAGAAGGAAAAGAUAACGCAGGAUUAAGCAUAGUCUGUGGCUUCGUAGAACUUGCUAGUAACUUACUAGCUAGGCCUGCCAUACGUUCUGAACGUAAGCCUAUGAAUAAACUUAAGCCCAAACGUGGUUUCGGAGAUGACACAAUUAAAGCUGGAUGUGAAAAUGCAUGA